GCUAGAUCAAACCAUUGCUGAAACUGAAGAGGACAUGUCGAAUAUUACAGAUCCACCGGGGUGGGAUUAUGACGGUGAUCUAAAUUUCACCGGCAUGCCACCUACAGAUGAAGAUUUCAGUCCCUGUAGGCUAGAGACUGAGACACUCAACAAGUAUGUUGUGAUCGUCACCUAUGCCCUAGUGUUCCUGCUGAGCCUGCUGGGAAACUCCCUUGUGAUGCUGGUCAUCUUAUACAGCAGGGUUGGCCGCUCCGUCACUGAUGUCUACCUGCUGAAUCUGGCAUUGGCCGACCUACUCUUUGCCCUGACCUUGCCCAUCUGGGCCGCCUCCAAGGUGAAUGGCUGGAUUUUUGGCACAUUCCUGUGCAAGGUGGUCUCACUCCUGAAGGAAGUCAACUUCUACAGUGGCAUCCUGCUAUUGGCCUGCAUCAGUGUGGACCGUUACCUGGCCAUUGUCCAUGCCACACGCACACUGACCCAGAAGCGUCACUUGGUCAAGUUUGUUUGUGUUGGCUGCUGGGGACUGUCUAUGAUUCUGUCCCUGCCCUUCUUCCUUUUCCGCCAGGCUUAUCAUCCAAACAAUUCCAGUCCAGUUUGCUAUGAGGUCCUGGGAAAUGACACAGCAAAAUGGCGGAUGGUGUUGCGGACCCUGCCUCACACCUUUGGCUUCAUCGUGCCGCUGUUUGUCAUGCUGUUCUGCUAUGGAUUCAUCCUGCGUACGCUGUUUAAGGCCCACAUGGGGCAGAAGCACCGGGCCAUGCGGGUCGUCUUUGCUGUCGUCCUCAUCUUCCUGCUCUGCUGGCUGCCCUACAACCUGGUCCUGUUCACAGACACCCUCAUGAGGACCCAGUUGAUCGAGGAGAGCUGUGAGCGCCGCAACGACAUCGGCCAGGCCCUGGAUGCCACCGAGAUUCUGGGAUUUUUCCAUAGCUGCCUCAACCCCAUCAUCUAUGCCUUCAUCGGACAAAAUUUUCGCCAUGGAUUCCUCAAGAUCCUGGCCAUGCAUGGCCUGGUCAGCAAGGAGUUCCUGGCACGUCAUCAUGUUACCUCCUACACUUCUUCAUCUGUCAAUGUCUCUUCCAACCUCUGAAAACCAUCAAUGAAGGAAUAUCUCUUCUCAGAAGGAAAGAAUAACCAACACCCUGAGGUUGUGUGUGGAAGGUGAUCUGGCUCUGGACAGGCACUAUCUGGGUUUUGGGGGGACGCUAUAGGAUGUGGGGAAGUUAGGAACUGGUGUCUUCAGGGGCCAUACCAACCUUCUGAGGAGCUGUUGAGGUACCUCCAAGGACCGGCCUUUGCACCUCCAUGGAAAGGAAGCACCGUCAUUCCUGUUGAACGUCACAUCUUUAACCCACUAACUGGCUAAUUAGCAUGGUCACAUGCGAGCCCCGAAGCUGACAUUAGAUGAGAGAAUAGGGCUGAAGCUAUGUCCUCAUAAGGGCUGGAUGCUCUCGUUGACCCUCACAGGAGCAUCUCCUCAACUCUGAGUGUUAAGUAUUGAGCCACCAGGCUGGUGGCUCUGUGUGCUCUGAUCUGAGCUCAGGGGAUGGCUUUCCCAUCUCAGGUGUGUUGCAGUGUCUGCUGGAGACAUUGAGGCAAGCAUUGCCAAAACAUCAUCCUGCCAGGUGGCCUUGUGAGGAGCUGGAAACACAUGUUCCCCUUGGGGGUGGUGGAUGAACAAAGAGGAAGAGGGUUCGGAAGCCAGAUCUAUGCCACAAGAACCCCCUUUACCCCCAUGCCCAACAUUGCAGACACAUGUGCUGGCCAUCUGCUGAGCCCCAGGUGGAACGAGACAAGCAGCCCUUAGCCCUUCCCUCCUGCAGCUUCCAGGCUGGCGUGGAGCAUCAGCAUCCCCAGAAAGCCAUGUGCAGCCACCAGUCCAUUGGGAGGCAGAUGUUCCUAAUAAAGUUUCUGUUCCGUG